AUGGCGCGCCUCCUGGACGGCAAGGCUUGCAGCAAGGAGAUCGAGGCGGAGCUGCAGGAGCUGAUCCCGACGCUCGGCGUGACGCCCGCGCUAGCGCUGCUGCUCGUGGGCUCGAACCCGGACUCCAAGACGUACGUGCGCCUCAAGAAGAACGCCUGCACGCGUGUGGGCAUCACCCCGCAGGUGCACGAGCUGGCCCAGUCCAUCGCGUUCGAGGAGCUGCUGGCGCUGAUCCAGUCGCUCAACGCCGACGACAAUGUGCACGGCGUGCUGCUGCAGCUGCCGCUGCCCGAGCACCUGAAGGCCCGCGAGGAGGAGCUGCUGGAGAGCAUCAGCCCGCUCAAGGACGUGGACGGCCUGCACUCGCACCACUUCGCUCGGCUGGCCGAGCCCAAGAAGGCCGAGCAGGCCGCGGAGCUGCGGCUGCAGCCCUGCACGCCCGUGGGCUGCCUGGAGAUCCUGGCCCGCAACGGCAUCGAGCUGGCCGGCAAGGACGUGGUCGUCAUUGGCCGCGGCCAGCUCGUCGGCCUGCCGCUGUCGCUCAUGCUGCUGGCCGCCAACGCCACCGUCACCACGUGCCACUCGAAGACCAAGAACUUGGCCGACAAGGUCCGCCAGGCCGAGGUGGUGUUCGUGGGCACGGGCCAGCCGGAGCUGGUCAAGGGCGACUGGCUCGCGGAAGGGGCCGUGGUCGUGGACGUCGGCAUCAGCUACGUGGACGACGCCACGAGCAAGAAGGGCUACAAGAUUCUGGGCGACGUGGACUUCGCUGCUGCGAGCGAGCGCGUGUCGGCCAUCACGCCUGUGCCUGGCGGCAUCGGCCCCAUGACCAUUGCCAUGCUGCUCAAGAACACGGUCGACUGCGCCAAGUUCGCGGCCUCAUCGAAGAACUAA